AAGAAAACGAUUCUCCACCAUCACCCCUGCUCCUGCUGCUGUUGUACCCAUCCCAACUCACUGGCCGGUCCAAAGAUGGCAACUUUAACCAACGGGCAGGUGGACGGCACGGUGCACGGUGUUGGUGUGGUCUCCGCCAGCACGAACGGGCUUGUGAACGGAUUAAGCCACAGCCAUAGCCCGGCGGGCUGUCCGGCCACCAUCCCCAUGAAGGACCACGAUGCCAUCAAACUCUUCAUCGGUCAGAUCCCCCGCAACCUGGACGAGAAGGACCUGCGGCCCCUCUUCGAGGAGUUCGGCAAGAUCUACGAGCUCACCGUGCUCAAGGACCGCUUCACGGGCAUGCACAAAGGCUGUGCCUUCCUCACCUACUGUGCCAGAGAGUCAGCCCUGAAAGCCCAGAACGCUCUGCAUGAGCAGAAGACCCUGCCAGGGAUGAACAGACCUAUCCAGGUGAAGCCAGCAGACAGUGAGAGUCGAGGAGAAGACAGAAAACUCUUUGUGGGCAUGCUCAACAAGCAGCAGUCAGAAGACGACGUGCGGCGCCUUUUCGAGUCGUUCGGCAGCAUUGAGGAGUGCACCAUCCUCAGAGGUCCCGACGGAAACAGCAAAGGCUGUGCAUUUGUAAAAUACUCCUCUCAUGCUGAAGCUCAGGCAGCCAUCAGUGCACUACAUGGCAGCCAGACAAUGCCUGGUGCCUCAUCCAGUCUGGUGGUGAAGUUCGCCGACACGGAUAAGGAGCGCACCAUCCGCCGUAUGCAGCAGAUGGCUGGUCAGAUGGGCAUCUUCAACCCUAUGGCCCUUCAGUUUGGAGCCUACGGAGCCUACGCUCAGGUGCAGCAGCAGGCAGCGUUGAUGGCAUCCGUAGGCCAGGGAGGCUACCUCAGUCCCAUGGCAGCCUUUGCUGCUGCCCAGAUGCAGCACAUGGCCACCAUCAAUGGCCUCCCUGGAGCACCACUGACCCCCACGUCAGGUGGCAGUACACCUCCCGGCAUCAGUGCACCUACAGUGACCAGCAUCCCCUCCCCAAUUACUGUGAAUGGUUUCACCGGUCUGCCGCCCCCACAAGCAAAUGGACAGCCACCAGCAGAGGCUGUCUUCACCAAUGGGAUACAUCCUUACCCUGUGUUGCAGGAGGUGGUUUUUAGGGAGGACUCGGAGAAAAACGGCUUGGGCGUGGCUCCACGGAGUUGUUUUGGGGUUCAGGGUGGCUGCUUCCUCUCCUCUCUCUCUGAAGCUCAGAGUCCCACUGCAGCUGAUCCUCUCCAGCAGGCUUACACAGGAGUCCAGCAGUAUGCAGCCUACCCCGCUGCAUACGGCCAGAUCAGCCAGGCCUUCCCCCAGCCUCCACCUAUCAUUCCACAGCAGCAACGAGAAGGGCCAGAGGGUUGCAACCUGUUCAUCUACCACCUCCCUCAGGAGUUUGGGGAUGGAGAGCUGAUGCAGAUGUUCCUGCCUUUCGGUAAUGUCAUCUCCUCCAAAGUGUUUGUGGAUCGGGCGACAAACCAAAGUAAAUGCUUUGGAUUUGUGAGCUUCGACAACCCAGGUAGUGCCCAGGCUGCCAUCCAGUCAAUGAACGGCUUUCAGAUCGGCAUGAAGAGACUCAAGGUGCAGCUGAAGAGGCCAAAGGACGCCAACCGCCCCUACUAG